AUGUCCACUAUAACUGCCUCAACUAAAAAUUGUACAUUACAUUAUGAUCGUUAUAAAACAUUGUACAGUUAUUCUCUUACCUAUCAUUGUCAACAAGUUCGUUCGUUUCCACUAUCGUUAUCCAUAUCCGAAAUAGUUGAAAAAAAAUUACCGUUAAAAAUUAGUAAGAGUUCUCAUUUGUCAAUUGAAUCGUAUUCAUGUGAAAAUAUUCUUUGGGUUAUAAUUGAAUCAUCACAAAUUGAAAAAAUUGAUAAAUAUGCAUUUUCAUGUAAACAAUUACGACUUUUAUCAAUAACUGAUACAAAUUUUACACAACCUGAUCAAAUAUCUGAUAAUAUAUUUCAUAAUGCUAUUCAAUUACAAACAAUUCGUCUCUGUCGAACAAAUUUAAAACGUUUACCAAUGUCAAUUGAAAGUUUAACAAAUUUAACAGAACUAAUUCUUGAUGAUAUGUACAGUUUGUUAUCAUAUCCAUCAAUUGAAAAAUUAACAAAAUUACGAUAUUUUCAUGUAUUUACUAAUCUAAAUUAUUUUCCAUUGAAAUAUGUUGAAUAUUUAAAUAAUUUACAUCAUAUACAAAUAUUUCAUUUUGGUAGUCGAACAAUUGAAACAUUUCCCAAAGAAUUAUUUCAUUUAAAUGGUUAUCAAUUAACUGAUAUAAGUUUAUAUAGUGAAAAUAUUCAAUGUUCAACAUGUAAAACAGAUUGGUUAAAAACGAUUGUUAAAACGCUUAUGUUAAACGGUUGGUAUAAUCGAACGCGAGGAUUAUUUCCAAAUAAAAAAUUUCAUUUGGGUACAUCACAAUAUUAUAAAUUGGAUAUUCUUGCUUAUUGUGGUGAUAUGCGAACUAGCGGAGUGGUAGACGAUAAAUUAAUGUUACAUAAUGCACCAUUAUGUUGUAAUAAAGGCUAUUAUCAAUGUGGUAUCAAAGCAAAUUGUACAAAAUAUACAUCAACAUUUUAUAGAUGUAAAUGUCUAGAUGGAUAUUAUGCGGACAGUUACGAUGAUUGUGUCGAAAAUUAA